AUGGCUGCCUUUUCUAUUACUCAUCUCUCUUUGUUCGUUAUUUUUGUUGCAUUAAUAUCAAAAACUUCACUUACUGCGUCCAUGAACAAUGGCAGUUUCACAGCCAGUCUAAUACACCGUGAUUCGCCCAUUUCCCCACUUUACAACCCCAAGAACACUUACUUUGAUCGCUUACAAUCUUCUUUUCAUCGUUCCAUAUCGCGCGCUAAUCGUUUUACCCCAAACUCAGUCUCUGCAGCAAAAACCUUAGAAUAUGAUAUUAUUCCAGGUGGAGGAGAGUACUUUAUGAGAAUCUCCAUUGGAACUCCACCAAUAGAAGUUCUUGUGAUAGCAGAUACAGGCAGUGAUUUAAUAUGGGUACAAUGCCAACCUUGUCAAGAAUGUUACAAGCAGAAGUCGCCAAUCUUUAAUCCCAAACAGUCUUCUACUUACAGAAGAGUAUUAUGCGAGACUAGAUAUUGCAAUGCUUUGAAUAGCGACAUGCGAGCUUGUUCUGCUCAUGGCUUUUUUAAGGCAUGUGGUUAUAGUUACUCAUAUGGGGAUCAUUCUUUUACUAUGGGGUAUCUUGCCACUGAGAGGUUUAUAAUUGGUUCUACAAAUAAUAGUAUUCAAGAAUUAGCAUUUGGGUGUGGUAAUAGUAACGGUGGAAAUUUUGAUGAGGUAGGUUCUGGUAUAGUCGGGCUUGGAGGUGGCUCUCUUUCACUAAUUUCUCAAUUGGGCACUAAAAUAGAUAAUAAAUUCUCAUAUUGUUUAGUACCCAUAUUAGAAAAAUCAAAUUUUAGUUUAGGUAAGAUUGUUUUUGGUGAUAAUAGUUUUAUUUCAGGUUCUGAUACUUAUGUUUCUACUCCUUUGGUUUCCAAAGAACCUGAAACGUUCUAUUAUUUGACGUUAGAAGCUAUUAGUGUUGGAAACGAAAGAUUAGCCUAUGAAAAUUCAAGGAAUGAUGGAAAUGUCGAAAAGGGUAAUAUAAUUAUUGAUUCAGGGACAACACUAACGUUUCUUGAUUCCAAGCUUUAUAAUAAAUUGGAAUUGGUGUUGGAAAAAGCUGUCGAAGGAGAACGAGUUAGUGACCCAAAUGGGAUAUUUAGUAUUUGUUUUAGAGAUAAAAUUGGUAUUGAGCUUCCAAUUAUCACUGUCCAUUUUACUGAUGCAGAUGUGGAAUUGAAGCCUAUAAACACAUUUGCCAAAGCAGAGGAAGAUCUGUUGUGUUUCACUAUGAUUCCAUCUAAUGGUAUUGCUAUUUUUGGAAAUUUGGCUCAAAUGAACUUUCUGGUAGGUUAUGACCUUGACAAGAAUUGUGUUUCUUUUAUGCCUACGGAUUGUUCAGGCCACUCCUAGUGUUUUGUACUUGAUGAA